AUGUCAUGUUUAUCAAAUUUAAAUACCUUGGAUUUUGGCGCUGGGGCUUACCUUGGAAUGACCUCCAAAGAUGAUCAGUCUUACAACGCUUUCUUUCGUGCAUUCCUUAUACAGCCAAGAGAGGAACCAAAUCGCCCUCCCCUGGAGUUUAGCGGCCCCAAAGACCUGUCAGUUCUGACAAUUGAAAUCCAGUACCAUGGGCAUCUGGUUGCCCAAAAUCUAAGCGACGCUGUCCCCCAGAGUCACUGCGAGACUACCUGGCCUAACACUGGCUGUUUUUCAGAGGUGGCGUAUUCCCAGAGCACUGGCCAGAAGGAGCAGCUGAGCCGCUGCCUGCAGCGAGGGAUCAGGCGGGUCCAGGACCUAUGUAAAGUCCUCCAGCUCCCGAUGGUGUUCGAGGAAACGGCAGUGUCGUACUUCCAGAGAGCUCUGCAGCACCCCUCCUUCCACCUGGUCAGUCUGGAGAAGAAGGAGCUCCUGGGGGGCUGCUGCAUCUUCGUCACUUGUCGACAGCACAACUGGCCCCUGACGAUGGGGACGAUCUGCUCCCUCCUUUACGUGAAGCAGGAGCUGUUUGCCAGCGUCUACCUGAGCCUUCAGAAGGAGCUCGGGCUCUCUGUGCCGGCCCUGAGCCUGGGGGAUCUGGUGAAGACGCACCUGAACAGCUUUCGGCUGUUCCAGCACGCAGCCAACGUCCCUGCCCCGUUUGUGGAGGACAAGGAGAAGAUGGUCGCCCGAACAAUGCAGAUCGUGGAGCUGGCCAGCGAGACGUGGCUGGUCACCGGCCGUCACCCCGUUCCCAUCGUCACGGCCGCGCAGGAGGGCGGCCCGCGCCCCUUGCUGCCCCCCUGCCUUAUCAAUCCAAGGAAGAGGCUGCGGACCGCAGCCCCGAGCGCUUCAGACUCUGCCAUCACCGGUGACGAGCCCAUCUCCGACAGCGAAAUCGAGCAGUACCUGCGGGGCCCGGAGGAGAUCCGGGCCUUCAGGAAGGCCAAGGCCUGGCCGUGAAGAUGGUUGUCGCCGGCAACCAGAGGAUGGUGCUGCCAGAGACGCCGGGGCAGCAGGGACUGUGGGACCAAAAGCAUGAGACCCGACGGUGACAGAGCCAUCGAACACUGCAGGGACAGUUGCCCAAGGGAGCGGGGUCGUGGGGAGGGAGUGGGCCACGUCCUCUUUCAUGUUCUGGACGAAAACGGGGCUUUUUAUAGUGACUGCUUCGGGUUCUGUUACAUCUGUUAGAAAUAAAUACAAGCACAGGUGCCA